UUAACAUGUUAGCACUCCCCCUAUAGGAACAUUACUGACAUUACACUCUGUCUCUUUAUACUCUUCUUUUCACCUCCUUUUCUCUCCAUCUUGACCUCCAUUCUCUCCUUUUCUCUCCAUCUUUACCUCAAAUUUCUCCUUUUUUUUGCAUCUUUUCCUUCUUUUCUCUCAUCUUUCCCUUCAUUUUUUCUUUUUCUCUCCAUUCUCUCCUUUUAUCACAAUCUUAAUCUUUUAUUCUCACCUUUUCUUUCCAUAUUUACCUUCAUUUACUCCAUUGUUACUUCAUUCUCGCCUUUUCUCUUUCUUUACCUACAUUCUCUCCUUUUCUCUCCAUCUUGACCUUCAUUCUCUCCUUUUCUCUCCAUCUUCACCUUCAUUCUCUCCUUUUCUCUCCAUCUUGACCUCCAUUCUCUCAUUUUCUUUUCAUCUUGACCUCCAUUGUCUCCUUUUCUCUCCAUUUCUACCUCCAUUCUCCUUUUCUCUCCAUUUUGACCUUCAUUCUCUCCUAUUCUCUCCAUCUUUACCUCAAUUUUCUCCUUUUUUCUGCAUCUUUUCCUUCUUUUCUCUCAUCUUUCCCUUCAUUUUUUCCUUUUCACUCCAUCUUUACCUCAAUUCUCUCCUUUUAUCACCAUCUUUACAUUUUAAUCUCACAUGUUCUCUCCAUAUUUACCUCCAUUCGCUCUAUUUCUCUUUAUAUUCAUUCUCUCCUUCUCUCUCCAUCUUUACCUUCUUUCUCUCUAUCUUUACCUCCAUUCUCUUUUUCUCUCCAUCUUUAUCUUCAUCCUCUCCUUUUCGCUCCAUCUUUUCCUCAAUUUUCUCCUUUUUUCUGCAUCUUUUCCUUCUUUUCUCUCAUCUUUCCCUUCAUUUUUUCCUUUUCUCUCCAUCUUUACCUCCAUUUUCUCCUUUUAUCACAAUCUUUAUCUUUUAUUCUCACCUUUUCUUUCCAUCUUUACCUUCAUUUACUCCAUCGUUACUUCAUUCUCGCCUUUUCUCUUUCUUUACCUACAUUUUCUCCUUUUUUCUCCAUCUUUACCUCCAUUUUGUCCGUUUAUCGCCAUCUUUACCUUCAUUGUCUCCAUUUCUCUCCAACUUGACCUUUUAUUCUCUCCUUUUCUCUCCAUCUUUACCUUCAUUCUCUCCUUUUCUCUCCAUCUUUACCUCAAAUGUUCUAAUUUUUUCUGCAUCUUUGCCUUCUUUUCGCUAAUCUUUCCCUUCAUUUUCUCCUUUUCUCUCCAUCUUUACCUCCAUUCUCUCCUUUUAUCACCAUCUUUACAUUUUAAUCUCACAUUUUCUCUCCAUCUUUACCUCCAUUCUCUCCCUUUCUCUUUAUCUUCAUUCUCUCCUUCUCUCUCCAUCUUUACCUCCUUUCUCUCCAUCUUUACCUCCAUUCUCUCUUUUUCUCUCCAUCUUUACCUCACUUUUCUCCUUUUUUCUGCAUCGUUGCCUUCUUUUCUCUCAUCUUCCCCUUCAUUUUCUCCUUUUCUCUCAAUAUUUACCUCCAUUCUCUCCUUUUAUCACCAUAUUUACCUUUUAUUGUCACCUUUUCUCUCCAUCUUUACCUUCAUUCUCUCCUUUUCUCUCUCUCUUUACCUACAUUUUCUCUUUUUUUUUCUAUCUUUACCUCCAUUUUGUCCGUUUAUCGCCAUCUUUACCUUCAUUGUCUCCAUUUCUCUCCAACUUGACCUUUUAUUCUCUCCUUUUCUCUCCAUCUUUACCUUCAUUCUCUCCUUUUCUCUCCAUCUUUACCUCAAAUGUUCUAAUUUUUUCUGCAUCUUUGCCUUCUUUUCGCUAAUCUUUCCCUUCAUUUUCUCCUUUUCUCUCCAUCUUUACCUCCAUUCUCUCCUUUUAUCACCAUCUUUACAUUUUAAUCUCACAUUUUCUCUCCAUCUUUACCUCCAUUCUCUCCAUUUCUCUUUAUCUUCAUUCUCUCCUUCUCUCUCCGUCUUUACCUCCUUUCUCUCCAUCUUUACCUCCAUUCUCUUUUUCUCUCCAUCUUUACCUUCAUUCUCUCCUUUUCCCUUCAUCUUUACCUCAAUUUUCUCAUUUUUCCUGCAUCUUUGCCUUCUUUUCUCUCAUAUUUACCGUUUAUUCUCACCUUUUCUCUCCAUCUUUACCUUCAUUCUCUCCUUUUCUCUCUCUCUCUACCUACAUUUUCUCCUUUUUUCUAUCUUUACCUCCAUUUUGUCCAUUUAUCUCUAUCUUUACCUUAAUUGUCUCCUUUUCUCUUCAUUUUUACCUUUAUUCUCUCUCUCUUUCACUCCAUCUUUACCUCCAUCUUCUCUCCACGUCAUCCUCCAUUCACACGUCACUUCCUGUGCAGAGCUUCCAGAGGUGUUCCUCCUCCAGAAGACGCCAUCCUCUCCGGUCACCUGCAUGGCGACAGGUUUCUACCCCGAACUAGCCGACUUGUUUUGGAGGAAAGACGGUGAGCAGAUCUUCGAGGACGUGGAGCACGGAGAGGUGCUCCCCAACCACGACGGAACCUUCCAGAUGUCUGUGGACCUGAAAGUGGAGGUGACGGCCGAGGUGGAGGGCAAGUACGAAUGUGUGUUCCAGCUGUCUGGCGUCAAGGAGGACCUGGUCACCAAGCUGGAGAGAAGAAGCAUCCUGAGCAACGCAAGCCAUGAAGCAGGCAACGUGAGCGUCACUGCCACGCUGGCGGUCCUCGCUGUGGUGGUCCUCCUGGCGGCCGGCAUCUUCAUCAUCAUCUUCAUCAUCAAGCGUCGCCGAAGCAGACAAGCCGAAUACGAUCCAGCUGAUGGCAGUAGAGGAGCAGGGUCGGUCGCUGGAGGAGGUGACGCUUGGAUGCGGCGAGGAGGUGACGCUUGGAGGCGGCGAGGAGGUGACGCUUGGAUGCGGCGAGGAGGUGACGCUUGGAUGCGGCGAGGAGGUGACGCUUGGAUGCGGCGAGGAAGUGACGCUUGGAGACGGCGAGGAGGUGACGCUUGGAUGCGGCGAGGAGGUGACGCUUGGAUGCGGCGAGGAGGUGACGCUUGGAUGCGGCGGCGGGCAGGACGAAGAGGACAGUGGGUGAUGCGAUGCUCAGCCUUGCCGCAAUAUAAACACAGCUGGAGACGAAGGCGACGAUCUCUCUCAGCUGGAGCGAGACGAUUUCCUCCGAGCUGCAUUGUCUUCUCUUUGUAUGAUAUCGGCGGGGUAUCGACACUGGGUAUCGGCGCGAAUGCAGUUUGACGCGCUCCAUGGCCACUCCCAUUAUAUGUUGAAGUGCGGAGUCUCUCUUUUUCCCAGUCAACAAGGCGAUUUUCAAUCUCCACCGCCAGAGCGACGAGCUCAUCAAGGUUGUCGGGAGUUUUAAGCGGGAUCAUCUGCUUCCGGACUUGGUCAGCCAGACCGAGGGAAAAGACGUCCACCAAUGCGGAAGUGGGCCAUCCACUAUCAGCCGCAAGCCUUCGGAAUUCGAUGGCGAAGUCCGUGACGCUCCGCUGUCCUUGCUGCAGACGAAGUAAUGACCGAGCUGCCUCACGUCCUGGCCUUUCGCGCUGGGAAAUGUUCUUCAUGGCUUUGGCGAACGCGGCGUAUGAAGCACACACGGGAGAUUGACGCCCCCAUUCCGCGGUGGCCCAGGAGGACGUCCUGCCACUCAUAUGGGACAUGACAAAAGCCACACGAGCUCUUUCGGAGUAAAAAGAUGUUGGUAGCAGUUAAAAAAAAAUCUCACACUGGGUGAGGAAGGAUCGCACGUCACCUGAUUCGCCGGAGAAUCGCUCGGGCUUGGAGAGUGGAGGACAAGCAGCAGGAGGGAUGUCGUUAGGCAGCGGAUUAUCUGCGGGACGAAGAUGGCGCAGUUGGACUGCUGGGUCGGACGAGGGAGAAGUCAUUGCCUGCAGCGCGGUGAGUACACUUCCCAGUUGUGUCUCCAGGGCAUUUAGGCGAGAGUCUUGGCGUUCCGCCAUGGUGUUGACACAAGCCACAAGCAGGCUAAACUGUUCUUCCUGUUGGCGUAGAGUUCUUCUGACCGGUUCGGUCUCUGCGGGAUUCAUGAUGUGGCCGGUUAUUAUGUUAGGAUUUGAUCACGGUGAUCCCAGGAUGCAGAGACGAGAGGCAAUGUUGAAUAAUAAAAGGGGAAUAUUUAAUAAGUCCAACAAUUGCAACAAAAGGCGAUGGGGCAAAAAAUGCACACCAUGAAUAAUCAACAAAAACAGGUUCCACAGUGGUCGGCAGGGAGGUAGGCCAGGGCGCACUGAACACAGCAAUAAGUCCAACACAAAAAUCCUCUUUACCUCAGGGGGGGCUAGGAAGCAAGCACAAAGAGGUGAGGGAUUACAGGAAUAAGGAGUGGCAACAUACCGGGACUGAUGAAACGAAGCAGGCACAUGCACGUGGGAGGUGCAGGAGACAAUAACCGGCGAGGCCAAGCUGACCGUGACGUGCCUAUAUACCGGAGUGCUAAUUGUGAGCAGGUGUGCAUCAAGGUCCGCCCCUCGCCGAGGACAAAUCACUAGAAGCACAGGUGUAGACAAGAGGAGAAAGCAGGAAAAACACUAAAAACACAACAAAAAGCUUCCCUCCAUUAGGAGUAGCUUGAUACUCGUGUAAGCGCACGCAAUAGAAAGUAUCACAGCCAACUUUUGAUGAGUCGUCAUGAUAAUGAACAUUAAGGGCCUGAUCUACUAAAGGUUUGUGUGUAUUAAAAUAUGUGCAAACCUGAUCUAAUUAAUUUGUGUGCAGAAACUCUGAAAUGAGCAAAAUAGAGAGCGCAAUCCAUUAAGCGUGUCUGUCUUCAUGUAUGUGCAGAAUAUAUGCUGAUUAUCAAUCCCCCACAAUAGGAGGAGGAGAUACAAAUGUAACUAAAUGAGGCAAUUCCUGAAGGAAUGGCGUGUGAAUGCUCCAAUGCUGAAGUUGAACUGAAAUGCAGACAGAAUGUAGUAUGAAUGUAAGAAUAGAAGAAAGUUUGAAUGUUGAAGAGUUUGAAUUCCCAGGAAAACCGGAAUUUGGUUUGAAACUUGGGAAAGUGUUAGUUUGAAUGUCCAGGAUGAGAGGAAUGUGUUAAUGUUGAAAUGCUUUGAAUAGAUUGAAAAAUGUGGGAAUUGUGCAACUUGGAAAAAUGUCCCUUUCAUUUCAAUGGGAACUUCCUGGAAAAUUGGAAAUUGUUUAGGAAAUGAUUAGGAGCAUGAAUAUCCUGAAUGAGCUGAAUGUGUUGGUGUUGGAAUUGUUUGAAUAGGGCAAAAAAAAUUAAAAUAGUAAAUGGUAUUUGGCAAUUUGUUGGAAAAUGGUAAAAAAAAACUUGACUGAGUUGAAAUGGAUGGUGUUGGAAUUUUUCAAAUCGGUCGAGAAAUGUUGAAAUAGUAACAUGUUGAAUUGAGAAAUGGUAUUCCUGGAAUUAGUUUUUUGUCCUGAUUAAGAGGAAUGUUUUGACAGUAGAAUGGUUGAAAUGCGUUGAAAAAUGUGAAAGGAGUAGUCGCCAGAAAAAAGGGUGGAAAUGGGGCUUUGGAAAACCAGGAAUUGUGGAAAAUGCUGGAAUUUUUUUUAACUUGGAAAAAAGGGAAAUUUGAAUUUCCAGGAUGGUGGAAUGUGUUGAAGGUGGAAUGGUUUAAAUCGGUAGAAAAAUGUGAAAACGGUGGAAGUUUGAAAAAUGGCCAAUUCAUUUGGAAUGGGAAAAAUGUCCCGGAAAAUCUGGAAUUCUGGGAAAUCUUGGAAUUUGUCAAGGGAAAGCCCGCGAUUCUCGAAUAGGCUGAACAGUUUGAAGUUGGAACAAUUUGAUUCGGGUGAAAAAUAUGGAAGGUAGAACGCGCCAAAAUCUUAACAAGAAGAAGAAGUUUAAUAAUAAAUAGACGAAUUUUGGUGUAGAAAACCAUAUUAGUGAAUGUUUGGAGCAUUCACACAAUUAUUUAGCAUCUCACACAGAACAGACUCAAGAAUAAAGAUCAAGAAGCCAGUAAAAAAGAAGAAGAUGAAAUGGGCAAAGUGAAAGGAAACCGAGGCAUGGCACUAAGCUAUCCAUACACUUGGGUAAAACUGAAUCCAUCCUGUUUGGGUCCCACAUCAACCUUAAGAAAGUCAAUGACUUCACUAUAAAAGUGGGUGACAUUGUUAUCACCAGGAAGGAUGAGGUCACCUACCUAGGUUCCAUUCUAGAGGCUGAUCUUUCCUGUGAUAAAAUGGCAACCAAGGUAAUCAAAAAGGUCAACCAACGAACGAGAUUUCUCUCUAGAAUCUACUACUACCGCAACCUACUAAUAAAAGUCUCAAUCAAUCAAUCAAUCAAUCAAUAAUGGGACACUUAGGUGACUAAGACACUGGAGGGCUGGUUGCACAUGAGCCUUGAAGCCAAGCUUAACCUGUUUGGAGACUUAGUCUUAGACUAGUCAGGAAGUAGAAGAGCAGAAUUCUGCUUCUUGAUGCUUCUGAUUGAAUUGACAGCUGCAAAGAUGUGAUAUGAGUGAAGAUGCACCUUCUGGAUGGACUUCCUUCACCAGAGUGAGGUGUUGGCUCUGCAUGAGCAGCGUAACCAGCUCACGGUGCGUUUUGUGCUCCCACAGCUGGUGACGCUGGUAACGAGCUCUCAGAGAGACGUGAAGGCUGAAGGCUGAGUGAGACACAGUGAGGACUUUUCUUUUUCAUGCACCUCCAAAUGUUCUUCUGACUUUGUGUGAAGAUGAUGUUCAACUUGGCUCUCACUCUGCCACAUGCUAACAUCUGCACUUGGAUUCACCUGCUUUUGUUGGGAAUGUGCUGAGUCAUCUUCUUCCUCCAGGAUGCUUUGUGCACUGGAACACAGAGAGAUGUCUCCAUCGCUGAGGGACCUCAUCACACUUGGACAUUUCUUUCACAUCUGCACUAAUUGCUCCUCAUCUCAUCCAUCAUGUCUUCUUUGGGUGUUUAUGGCUGAGAAAACACCUUCAAUCUGCAUUUUUCAACAAUAUUUUGCCAGUGAAUCAUGUUGAUGUUGAUCUUUGUGUCCAUGUAGUUGUGAUGUCAUCAUUUGGGGCUCACGUGUCAUCACAUUGACAAGGAUGUCUUCUUUCCUUUUCAAACCAAUAGACAGCUGCUUAUCAGUGAAUAUCACCUUGUGUCACAUGUCAUCAUUAUUUUUACAAAUAUUGUGGAACAAUAGCACAAUUUUUCGGUAUUUUUUUAUGUUAAUGUUAAUUGUUUGAUAAUCAAUUUUUUGUUGUAACAUUUAAGAAUGAUGAUUAUGAGAACUGCUGUCCAGUUGUUAUAUCUUGUUUUCUGGUUACAUUAGUCUCCUUUGCAAUGCAGUUGCAUUUCCAAGACCAUUAGAUGGCAGCACUGUAUAACUAUUUAUGCUAUGUUGUCAAACUAGAAAGUAGCUUUUUUUCCAGAAAGAUGAAUUUGUUAGGUUGCGCCCUACAAAGUGUCAAUACUGUAAGUAUUGUCCUCAUUACACAAAACUGUAAAAUUAUAAUUAUAAUAAUAGUUAUUGUUUCCUUUACCAAAUCAAAGGUGUUGAAAUCGCCAUGUAAAAUCGCUCAUGCUAAUAGUCGCCUGUCUAUGGCUAAUCCUAUGUAAAUUAGCAUUAAGCUAGCGCAUUUUGAAAGGGUGUAGCAUUACUUUACGUUUAAGCGUAUUUUUUAUUAAGCACACUUUGUUGGUGUUGAAAAUGGCAAGGUGACUUAGAGGGAGUUUGGCUGAGUCCGGCCUGAGUGCUGCUUGAGUGAUUGUUUACGUGUUUAGUCUGAAACCAGACAUGACCAGUCUGAAACCGGACAUGACGUCACAUGCAACAAAGGUAUCGAACUACGGCACCGUUUGAUUUUACGUGAAUUGAUAGUACCGAGGGAAUUCGGUCAUUACCUACAAAAGUACUGAAUUGGGUAGCCAACCCUACCAGUUAGUGUGACGGAGGGGGACAGUGACACAAGAUUUUUAUGACAAAGCGUUGCAAAAUAUAUUUAUAUAUUUUUUAAAUAUUUGCUGUUUUUCCUUUCCUUUUUGCAUAGUCAUAUUUUUGCUUGAUUGCCAAACAUGCCGAGGAUGUCAUUUGGGAAGUAAACAAGGUAGGCCGUUCAUAUACUCUUGAUAUUCAGUGUUUUAUGUGUACUAUGUUUCAUGUACAUUCUGGGUGUUUUAUUCAGUAAAAACUUGUCAAAUACAA